GCCGGCGCGGGUGUCGGUCGGAGGAAGUGGCCCGGCGGUGGUUGGCGGGGCCAGGGCGGGCUGUCGGCGCGUCGGGGAGGGAGGGGAGCCGGCGGGCAGCGGCGGCAGCGGGGCGAGGGUGUCCCCUGGGCCUCGGCGAGACCCUGGGUGGAGCGCAGGUAUGUACUUUGGGGUGCUUCACUUCGUGUGAGUUGUUGUCAGUGCAGGCUGAUGAAGGGACAGUGGGAGGUAACGGCCGGUGGUGCAGUGAGGAGGCAGCUGACCAGCAAAAGUAAAAUGCUUUCUAUGGGGACUUCUGCUUCCGGUGCUGGGACUCUUCAGAAGGCUUACUUUGUUGCUUGGCUUAAAGGAAGAUGAUGUUGUUAAUGAAUUAUGAGCAUCCUUCAGGAGGCUGGUGACCCUUCUGUCAUUGGUGAAUGCUGUCAUGGACAACUUCAAAGGCUCUUUUCCAAAACACCACAAGCAGUUAAUGCACUUUAUAAAGGACUCCUGACCUUUUGCAUCUUCCUAAGUCAUAUCUAGAUGUCACCAGUGUUUCCCAUGUUAACAGUUCUGAGCAUGUUUUACUAUAUGUGCCUUCGGCGCCGAGCUAGGACAGCGACGAGAGGAGAAAUGAACAGCCGGAGGGCUAUUGAAUCAAACACCAGAGCCUUACCUAUCAAUGUUGAAAUAGUUCAGUACGCCAAAGAAGUGUUGGAUUUCAGCUCUCACUAUGGUAGUGAAAACAGCAUGUCAUACACCAUGUGGAAUUUAGCAGGUAUUCCAAACGUGUACCCGAGUUCUGGUGACUUUACUCAGACAGCUGUCUUUCGAACUUACGGGACCUGGUGGGAUCAUUGCCCUAGCGCUCGGCUGCCGUUCAAGAGGACGCCACCCACCUUCUGUAGCCAGGACUACGUGGAACUAGCUUUUGAGGAACCAGUUUAUCCCACUGCAGUGCACAUUCUGGAAACCUAUCAUCCUGGAGCUGUAGUUAGGAUUUUGGCAUGUUCUGCAAAUCCUUACUCACAAAAUCCACCAGCUGAAGUAAGAUGGGAAAUCCUUUGGUCCGAGGCACCUACAAAGGUGAAUGGUCCUCAGGCUCGGCAAUUCACACCUUGUAUCAAACAGAUAAACUUUCCAACAAACUUAAUCCGGCUGGAAGUGAACAGCUCUCUUCUGGACUAUUACACUGAAUUGGAUGCAGUAGUACUACACGGUGUGAAAGAGAGACCUGUGCUUUCACUUAAGACUUCGAUGAUUGAUAUGAACGAUAUUGAUGAAGACGAGGAUGAAGAAAAGUAUGGUUGUGGAAUGGACACCCUUAAUAAACAGUUCAGCAUUGUUAACCUCAGGGAAUGGCCGACUAACGGAUAUUUUGAUAAACUGCCUUAUGAGCUCAUCCAGUUGAUUUUGAGUCACCUUACAGUACCAGACCUGUGUAGACUAGCGCAAACUUGUAAGCUACUAUAUCAACAUUGCUGUGAUCCUCUACAGUACAUUCAUCUCAGUUUACAACCUUACUGGGCAAGGAUUAAUGACACAUCUCUGGAAUACCUACAGUCUCGCUGCACUCUCAUCCAGUGGCUGAAUUUAUCUUGGACUGGAAACAGGGGAGCCAUCUCUGUUUCUGGAUUUAGCAGGUUCUUGAAAGUUUGUGGCUCUGAACUAGUCCGUCUUGAGCUGUCUUGUGGCCAUUUCCUCAAUGAAACGUGCUUGGAGGUCAUUACUGAAAUGUGUCCAAAUCUGCAGGAAUUAAAUCUGUCAUCAUGUGAUAAAAUACCACCUCAGGCUUUCAACCACAUAGCCAAAGUGGGCAGCCUAAAGCGUCUCAUUCUCUACCGAACAAAAGUGGAGCAAACAGCCCUGCUCAGUAUUUUGAACUUCUGCUCGGAGCUGCAGCACCUCAGCCUGGGCAGCUGCGUCAUGAUUGAAGACUAUGAUCUCAUAGCAAGCAUGAUGGGAGCAAAAUGCAAAAAGCUUCGGAGUCUGGAUUUGUGGAGAUGUAAAAACAUAACUGAAAGUGGAAUAGCAGAAUUGGCUUCAGGCUGCCAGCUUUUGGAAGAGCUUGAUCUUGGCUGGUGCCCGACGUUACAGAGCGGUACAGGCUGUUUCACAAACCUUGCACGUAAACUCCCGAACUUGCAAAAGCUCUUUCUUACGGCCAACAGGUCUGUGUGUGACACAGACAUUGAGGAGCUUGCUGCUAACUGUACGCAUUUACGGCAGCUGGAUAUAUUGGGAACGAGGAUGGUAAGCCCUGCAUCUUUAAGAAAAUUGCUGGAGUCUUGUAAAGAUCUUUCUUUACUCGAUGUGUCCUUCUGCUCACAGAUUGAUAAUAGAGUUGUCCUAGAACUGAAUGCCAACUUUCCUAAUGUGUUCAUAAAAAAGAGUUUCACCCAGUGACUCACUACCUAUGCUGCUGUGGAAUUCAUUUGACGGAGUUGUUUCCUGUGAAUUUGUGCUGACUCUUUUUAAGAAGAAUAUAGAUCCCCUAUGAAAUAGUGGAAAGUAUUAAUUACCUACACAAAUGGGUAAAAUACAUUUAAAUAUAUUAUACAUUUCUUAAAGAGUUGAUAUUGUACCUAAGAACUUAUUUACGCUGUGUUAGUUGGUGGCACUGCAUGUUUUUAAAUACCAGCCAUAUGUGUGGCUUUAAUGAGAAGAAAAUGAAAAAUGUCGUCUUAAAUGUCCCUUUAUAGGGUCUUACACACAAUAAACGAUGUUAAUAUCCAGGUGAAAGCAGAAGUUCAAUAUUUAGCAGUAAGAAAAAGAUGGGUGCUUCCUUUUUUUAUGUAUAUGUGUUUGUGUGUGUAUAUAUAAAUGUAUACAGAUGUAUUUGUAUAUACAUACACAGAUACUGUAGCAUCCUAGUUUGGCCUGCGACAUAAGAUGUUAUGGUCUGGCCUAUAAUUAGUUGUUUGAAAAGCUGUUUAAGCUUCUGUAAGAAUGGAUUGAAAAGACACUUUGUCAUCUUUUUUUUUUUUUUUUUUUUUUGGCAAUGAAUUGUAUCUGAUACAUUUUUCUCCCUUCCUCCACCUGAAAUAGAUGUAGUGAUGUUUUACAGUACAGCUUAAGCGACACAACAGAUAAAUGCAAGAAUCUUCCACCCGAACUUAGAGCAGAAAUGAAAGAGAAAGUUGCCAUCUGCCUCUUGGUGUGGGAUGUAAAGUUUGAGACAGGUACUCAGUGUCGUAACUGGUAAUGCGUAGAAAACUCCAGAGCAAUUUUUUUUCAAAUUUCUGUCAUGGUCAAGACUUGAUUUAUGAUACAUUUGGUUGUCAUGCAAAGUACCGUAAAAAUAUAAAAAAUAAAACUUAAAAAAUAGAACAUAAAAAAACCUACCAUAAAAAAUUAGAACUUAGGGUAACGCAUUAGCACCUGUCCCUUACACUGGCAUCAAAUCCACUAUCAAGUGUAAAACCAAACAUCUUUGUUCAGUAAAACAUCAAUGAAAAUACAGCGGGUUUGAAACAAGGGCAAUAUGAUUUGGUGAUUUAAUAAUCAUCAGAUCCUAGUAUUGGAUUUGGUUUGGGUUCUGUUUUUGUUGUUGUUGUUUUUCCAAGAGGUGAUUGCUCAAAGUACUAUUGUACUCUCUCUUUAAGACUGUUUAGCCUCUGGAGAAGAAAAACUAUGUCAAUGGACAAAUUCUAGAGGUUUCUUCCUUUUGCACUUCCUUGGAUGAAGUUUUUCUCUCUCUUUUUUUUUUUUUUUUUUGUUUUUCUUGAAUACCACUGCUAGAGUGUGUUGCUAUGUACCGCCUGAGUUUAGAAUUUUACCUUUUUAGCCAUUGUUGAUGAAUAUGGGUCAUGAAAUACAACCUGUCAUUUGAUAUUGGCUCCACUAUUAUUCUAUUGAUGGCACUCAUUACCUACUGGAACAAGCAGGAAAAUAUUUUGUCUGGCAGAAGUACGUUAUUGCAAUGAAGAUCACUGGCAACGAGUACUUCAGCUUGUGCAGUAAAUAACCAACCGCUACUAGAGGACUGCUAUGAAUCAUUAAAGGUUUGACGAUCUCUGCGACUCCUGAAUGAACGCUUUGAACUCUAUGUGCUGGUGCCAAUACUUUAUAAACCAUGUCAUGAAACAGCUACAGAACAUUUAUCAGAUUUUAUAAAAAGACCUUUUUCUUCAGAUUUUUAAAUUUUACAGAAUCUUUUGGGAAUUCCAGAUCCAAAGGUCAUGCACAGUUGGCUUUUUGAUUUAUUUUUUUUUUCCUCCACACAGAUGGCACUAUGGGAUUUCCAACUAGAUUAUGCCAUUCCAUUUUUUUUUUUCUAGAAAACUGAACAUUGUCAGAGAUCUUUAGAUUUCAUAUUUAUUUAUUUUUUCCCUGCUGACAGAUGUCAGCUGUGGUGUGAUUCUGUGUGAGACCUCAUUUCUUUUAGUCAGGUUUGGGUUGAUUAAUUUUUUUGGGGAGCUUAACUUUUAACUUUUUUUUUUUAAUCUACAAGUAAUGUUUUUCAUUGUAACCAAUUAUUAAACAUUAUUGUCCUAGUUACAGGAGAACACAGGUCCAGAUAAUGGGAGUUUACAAAGAACAGUAUUUCAGAACAAAUGUUUUUGUUGUGAAAUUCCACUUCUCAGGGUGCAUCUGUGUUUAUCUCCUUUUUUUUUUUUCUUAGAGAUCCUUCUUGUUUGUUUUUCACUGUAAAUAGAAUGGGAUGUGGAUGAAGUGAUAGCCAUUGUGCCUUCAAACUGGUAAACUUGGUAAAUAAUACAGUUUCACUUCUACAGCGUCACUGAAUCAAAUAAGUGUUUCUGUAAUCAUAUAUGUGUAGAGGAUUUCAUUCUCUAUUGCUUUUUAGGUAGUAUAAAGGAGGUUUAAAUUGUCGUUCAUACUAAAGGAUUUUUUUUCUUAUGUUGUGCCUUCUGUUUGAAAUUGUUUUCGUCAAGAAUUCUCUAUUGUCACUUGAAAGAUAAAUUGCAGUCUGCUUCUUAUUUGGACUAUUUAAAACUUAGCUAUUGCUAAUGCAAUUAAUUCAAAUAGCUCAGAAGUAAUUGGGAAAGACUUCCAUCUGUAGUUGUAGACUUUAACCUUCAAUCAGCAGGUAAGAAGCUAUGGACUUUAUGCAUCCAAGAAGUCUUCCAGCAAAGAGAAGAUAGACCAGACUUGACAUUUCUAAUAUUUCCAGGAUGAAGAAAAUAACAUGCUUUCCUUAUAUGUAACAAAGAAGCAAGAAUAGAUCACUGUCAUUUUAGUUCUGCUAUUUUAUACUUGUGUGUGUAUAUCUAUUUAUACAUAGGUAUGUAUAAAUUAUAUAUAUACGCACAUAAGUUUGUGUGUAUAUAUGAAAAUUUUUUGUAUGUGUGUACAUACUUACACAUACAUGUCUCAAUCUCAAGAGUUAUUCAUGUCGGAAUUACUUUUGUGAAGUAAGUGAAUGUAAUAGCAAAAGGUGUCUCACAGCAGUUCUGUUUUCAACUGUUGUUUUACUGUACCCGGAGACUGAGUUCCUCUCCACCCGUGCAGCCGGAAAAGCCUGGGCAGGAGGUGUGCUGGAUUUCCCAUGUUGCUUUGCCCAAGUGCCUUUUGGUUUGUCUGCGUGUGAAAGGUGUUACACAGGGUAUGGCAACGUGUGAAUGCAAAGUCCGAUAACUACUGUGGGCUGCCUCCUUGUGAAGCAGUCGUAUAGAGGGAAAUUUAUUCCAGUUUCAUUUAAUCCAAGAUAAACGGCAAUUCCUCAGUUGGAGGAAUUGAAUUAUUCUGGAAUUGGGUCGUCAUCUCCAACACUAGACCGUCCCUCAGUCACGUUAUCUAAAUUCUGCUUUUAAGGAUAUUCCAUUUUUUUUUAUCAUGUCAUUUGAUCUUGUCUGCCUUUCUGAAGCGUUGUAAAAGAUGUGCUUUGGCAACAGAUGUUAAAAAAACCUGGCUAACAUGUCCAGAAAAAAGAGGCUUUCUGUGAAGUGUUCCUUGUUCUUAAACUAAAGGGGGGCCUGGGUACUAUCUGCAUGAAAUUGGUGUGGGAUGGCAUGUAGGUAGAUACGUCAUUCUUUUGGUCAUUUUAAAAACUAAUAUGAUAAUUUUAGCAUUUAAAGCAUCUUCCCAACUCUUGAAGGCUUCAAUUCAGUAGUGUACUUGCAUAAUCCUGAGCUGUCUGGCUAGAUAGCUCUAUGGAAAUGGAUGGGGUUUCUGUUGCUUAAAUUAUGCAUGUAACUAAGUACAUUUGUGAGCAGGACUUGUGUGGAAGAACAGUUUUUGCAUAGGAGUUUGGACCUUAAAAUUCCCAUGUACUUGGAGGUCCAAAUUUCAGACAAAAAAAAAAAAAAAAAAAAGAGCCUUGUAUUUACUGCCUGAUUCUUUCCUUGGGGCUGUCAUCCCAGCUCUUCCAGGUACAAGAUGUCUAGUUAUCAUGGUACACAGUGAGUAGAAUUCAUCUCUCUGAAAGUUCGACAUGUAGUUUACGGGAGGAAUCUGGACGUCUCUAGAGACCUGUUUAUCUCCGCCUAAGAUAGAUAUUUAAGGAAAGCAGAAUGAAUCAUUUUUCUGGAGAGCAUCUCUGGAGACUGUGGAAGCUUUGAUUUAGCUCAGGUUAGAUACUUGGCUUGAGAAUACUAAAAUGAGAUUAAUUCCAUCCAGCGUUGUACUACCUGUCUUGGAAUAGCAAAAAACAAGACAGGAACAACAUCCAUCCCUAAACCUCAAAACCCUCCAAAAUCCAUCCAGAAAGAAGCAAAUUAGAGAUGCUGACAACUUGGAAAGUCAGUGUUUUAAAUGCCACGAUCUGCUUCUGCCCCUGAGUCUCUUGCCAAUGCUGGUGAUGUGUCUUUUUUUUUUUUUUUUGGGGGGUGAAAAUGCAUCCCCUUUCCCUGUUCUGAAAUCUCAUGUACCUAAUUUGCUGUAUGUAUAGUUCUGUAAAUGCAUGACAUGAACGGGAAAAUGUAAUUAAUGUAUUGCAGCUAUUUUGAUAAUCUUUUGUAUGGCUAUAAUUAGGAGUAUGACUAGUUUAACUGCUCUCCUGUCGUCAAGAAUGUUACCCACUGUGCAUUUGCAAAAAUGGUGUGGUUUAGUCUUGAUUCUCACUGUGUGUACUUACUGCAUCUUACAGGGUAUGUUUCCCACGUCACAUCUGCAGGACUAAUACAUCUAUAAAAACUAGAUAAAAUGUAGCAUUUUAUUAUAUGGAGUAUGGGGGUGACUUUGUAUAUUGAUUUACACGUUCAUUAUUACUCUUUUGCAAUGAUUCCGUGAGCUGUAGCUUUUGAAGUUACUAGGCUAGAAGUUCCUGGUUUAAGGCAUCUGUACAUGCUGUGUUAGACACAGUCAACAUUUUUCCCAAAUGAAGGCAUUUGUCCUUCGCCAAGAUGGUGAUUUCUGUGAUUUUCAGAUUUCUGGCUUGAUGUGAAAUCUGAGAAGGGCUCUUUAUUAAAUACUACCAGGCAUGGGGCAAGUUGUGAGAACUGACAUGAGGAAGGGCUGAGGCGUGAGUUGUGCGUGUUACAGAUCCUCGUGAUCGUCAAAGAAGGGCCUCGGCAAGAGGUGGCUCUUUUGAGGAGGAUUCAGCCUCAGUAAUAGCAGGCAGUGGUGAGAUUUUCCUUUUUACCUAAUGGACUAAGUACUGUUAUUAUAGAUUGAGUUACGUAGCUCUAGUUUCUCCCUGUCUUCUUUUCAUUUAAGAAUGAUAAAUGGCGCAGUUCGGACAGACAAAGUUAGGAUCCUUUGUGAGGAAUGAAGUUUUUCUCUUGCAUGUUUUGUUCGACUUUUCUAAAAACAAAUAAAAACCCCUCAACUAUUUGAAAGCUCUCUCUUUUUCCUUGGAUACUGAAGAAAUGUAAAUGUCAAAAAGUUGAGAAAAGAAACAAAGGGGACUUAUCCAGAUUUAUCUGGAAACUCACGAAAGAGUGGCCAAAGCUAUUUAUAGACAUGAGAAAGUAAGUGCAUUGUUCUGGAUCAGCUGUUAUCUUUCCCAGAAGUUUAGUUUCCCAUGUAAUUUCACAUGCUCACACUUCUAAAUUGAGAUUUAGCAUUUGGAUGCUCUUAAUAUUGACCUUUCAUGUAUGUGCUUGUGCAGUAAUUCCUGGUGUCUCUUUGUUUCGUUUUUAUGAACUACAUAAAAAUAUUUUUUCUUCACCUACCACUGCCUAUCUGGAUUUUUUGUUAAACUCUUGAAGUGGUCUUGUGCGUGUACACACAGAUGCAUGUAAGACUUAAUUGCUUGAGUUUUUUGCAAUUGGUCCCUUUUUUAAGGACAAAUAAACUGCAGUUUCGAGGUAAAAAUGGUAAAGAGAAGGCUCUGGAGAAGAGAAGGAUGAAGGGAAAUCUUAUCAAUGUAUAGGAAUAUCCGAUGGAGAAGAGCGAUAAAGAAGAGGGAGGCAGAUUCUUCUCAGUGAUGCCUGUGGACAGGAGAAGGGCAAUGGGCACCAACUGAAACACAGGAGACUCCGUCUGAACACAAGACGACACAUUUUAUGGUGAGGAUGACCAAGAGAGCCUGUGGAGUUUCCAUCCUUGGACAUACAUACUCGGAAACUGUCUGGGCACGGUCCUGGGCAGCCAGCUCUAGGUGGCCCUGCUUGAUCAGGGGGCUGGGCCAGAUGGUCUCCAGAGAUCCCUUCCAACCUGAGACUUGGUUGUUCUGUUUGCUUCAGUGUACUGAUUGCUGAAGGUGUUGGGGGGGGAGAAAGGAAAUAAUACCUAAGAAACUUGCAAUGUUGAGAACAGUCACAAGAAUCUUGUUCAUUUGUUCAUUUCCUUUGUUUUGUUUUUUGUUUGGUUUUUUUUUUUUAAGGGAAGUCAUAUUUUUCUUGGUUUAGGUUAGUAGGAAAAUCUAAAUGUAACUUAUUAAAAAUUUGAUACUGUUUUCGACAUACAGUUCUGUAAUGUACAAAACACACAUGAUUAGUUUACAGGAGUACUGUCGUCACUCUGAAGUCUGAAAGUUAGACCAAGGACUAAGAUAAAUAUCCCUGUUCUUGGGUACUGGCAGUAGUUUCUGUUUAGAAACCAAAUUGCCUAUCCAUUAGGAACAGUUUAGUUCGCAUAAUUUUAAUAUUUGUUUACGUAGCUCUUAGAAUUAAUUUGGGUUACCAUGGUUUAGAUGCCAUUUGUUUCUGCUUACUCUAUUGGAAACCGAGUAUAGCGGUUAGCUGCUCAUAACGUCAAAAAAUGAAAACUUGAGUUCAAAUGAAAAAGAGGACAAAGUUUAUGAAAUGCUGAACUGCCUGAGCAUUUUAGGGAGAUACUGUUGUAUAAUUGUGGUGAGUUACCGUCUUUUGUGCAUUUAUUUGCCAUUAUGCCAUUGUCAGGAGCUGUUGGGUAGUACAGUCAGUCUUUGGCUCACCAUCAGGACAUGGUUUCUCUCUACCAGACCUUGGUAUCUUCAGAUUUAUUUUUUCCCGGGCAGUGCCACAGGUUUCUGCACAUAGACACUGUUCUGAAACUGAUAAAGGCAAAUUACAAAUAGCUGGUUUAGUUGCGAUUUGGAAACUAAUGGCUAGUCAAUGCGUGGAGUUAUUUUGGAAUAGUUACUGGAAGUGAAUUAAAAUAACCAGGAGUUGGUGUGUUUGCAGGGGGGCUUUGUGAUUUAACUUUCAUAUACAGACAAGUCCUAAUUAUGAGCUGUCCUUUGAACCACCUUAGCGAAAUCCAUGUAGAUGGUCUCGCCCUCGUUCUUCCUAACGAGCAUAAAGCCACUACAACUCUUUGGCAACCUCUGGCUUUUUGCAUUCAUCUCCUUCCCAGGCAGGUAGUGGAGCUGCGGUGUGCGGGAACUGGCCUGAUCUCUCAGGUGCGGGAAUUGCCCGGGGAAAUUUCCUGCUCACAUUUACUCCUACGUGUGGGUGAGAAGGAAUGGCAUCUCCAGGCCUUCAAAUUUAGAUACCGGAACCCGGCGCCUGGUUUCACUUAAAAAUAAUAGGACUCUCCCUGCCCCGCCUCAGAUAACCAGCAACAAAAUACUUGCACUGUAUUUGUGAUUUAAUGGUAUGCUCCAUUUUCUGCCACAACAGUUGGAGUUUGAGUAGUGGUACAACGGACUCCUACUGCGUUACCUUUUAAAGGGACCAAUUUGUAGAAAAGGUGGAAGAGCGGCAACGGAGGGAACAGUUCGGGACACGGUAAAUAGCUCUGCUACUCAUGCUGUGCCAGUAAGCACCAGAAGCAAGUUAUGCCUUUUUUUUUUUUUAAUAACAACUCGAGAAGGACAAAAGGGAUAAGAUAAUUGCCUUUAAGCACAUUUUCUAUAGCUGGAGGGUAUUUGUAUCAUCUAAUUUUAAAUAUCUAGGGUAGGUACUAAAGUUAGCAAAUGAGUCUCCUGUGAUCCCUUCACUCUGGAGAGGGAGGUUCCUCCCCGGGGUGAUUCAGAUCAGGAGGUCAAUCUUAAAUUAUGGUCCUGAAGCAACCUCUGGAGAAGCUGAGGUCCACGCAGACUGUGUAAAACUUCCUUGGGAGAUUUCAGCUUCCUGAGCCGUGCGUGGUGUCCUAGCGCGUGUGGAUGCAGAAUUAGAUACUCCCUGUUAGCCCCCUCGUUUCUCUUGCUUCUGUCGAAGGCCACCGCCGCCUUUGCUCUGGUGGUUGAACUGCAUCUGAGUACUACCUACAAAAUGUCUUGGCUGAAACUAGGAAGCUUCUUUUCUAAUAGCUGAGUGUUUAAAACACCUUUUUCUGUAAACUUCAGAAUAACAAGCAGCAGGUGGGAGCACGUUGGCUGUUCAAAAGUCUUAAUGUGAAUUAGCAUAAAGGAGGAUAGCCACUUCCCAUUGUGUUCCAAGGCUCCUUGACUUUUAGAUAACUUCACGACUGCAUCCAAAAGACAUACAAACUGAGGUGGUUUAUUUUUGCCUCAUAACGGUGGUUCAAGCCCGAAAGUAUAAAACGUUACUGUGAACAUCUGAGAACAUGCAGGUCCUGACUGGCUUCAAUAAAAUUCCUAACUAAGGUCUCAGAGGAGAAACAAGGCGUUGGAGGUUUAGAUUAGAAAAGCCAAUAAGAGCACGUUUAAAGCGUGGUGAAGGCAGCGAUUAGCAAAGCCAAAAGCGGGAGGUGGGGGCAGGGCUUCACGGAUGUGUUUUUCGUGGCUGUAUCCUGAUGUUAAGCUACGUGGGCCCAUGAAGCUGACAGCCUUGCAGUCCUAAGUAUGGUCAGUAUUCCAAGGGCUGUGUCUGUAUGUGCAAUCUUAGGUCCCAGAUUUCUUCUCUGUGCUGUCAUUCAAUGUCGUACACCUUCAGCAUUAACCCCAUUUUUCAUUUUGUGCUCCUGUUAGUGUACUAGCAGUGUUUACCUUAGCAUCUUCUCUGUAUUUGUUUUUAAUAUUCCCCUCUGAGGCUUCUGCAUUUUUUUAUACUUGCGCAAAUACUUGAUGACAUCUCAAAAUUAUGGGUUUUUUUCCUCCCUCUCAGUAUUCUGCUUGACCAGUAGUAAACGGGAGGUUAUUAGUGUACCACUGUUCGGAUUUGACGACCGCGUCUCCUCUCUCCGUGUAAGCCCCAAGGUCUCUAGUGCCCGCGCGGACCCAGCGCAGGCAGAGAUCUGGCGCCUCCUCGUUGGAACACCUUUGUCUUGUACCACUUACUGCGUAUUUGUGGUAUAAGGUAAGGGUUUACUUGGACGCAUGUAAAACAGAGGUGUCAGCCCCCUAUUUAUAAAUGAUUGCGUUUAUUAUGGAGAAAUCAUCUAAUGCCUUAUAUUGCUAACUGGAAGGUAGUUUCUUUUUGUCUUAAAAAGUUAAUCGCAUAUUCACACGCCAAUUAUUUCUGUUUAGUAAAUUCAGCCUGUUUUAUUCCGCUGCAUGGGCUCAUUUAAAAUGUCAUAAUACUGUGUUGUACCGUUUUAUUCUGUUCCUGCCAGUAUGAAGAAGUUGAAAUUAAUGUCCUCACUGGGUCGUCAGUGUCUGCUAAUUCAGAGAUGACAGAAAUGUGUUAAAAUGUAUUCAACCUGUAAUAUUUAUCUUGCUUUGCACUUAAUUUGUUUCCCUUUGACUGUGUUGCAAAAUACCAAGUGUACAUAAAAUAAUGAAUAAAUAAAACAAAAAUAAAUUAUUUGUCUACA